CUUCUGCCGAUGGGUCCUCUCUUUUCAUCUUCUCCAUUUGCCGCAAAAACCUCCCUUUCUCUCUUUUCACUACCCACAAUCCUCAUUUCCCAGUUCGCUACUUCUUGGGGGGUUUUGUAGAGGUUUUCUCCUACUCAUUUCAUUCGACUAUCCGAUUUCUUUACAAAAGAAAGAUAGCAAGAAUAGACAGAGGGACUGAAAGAAGGAGAUGGGUUCUCUACAAGAUGUGUCAAGGAAAGGAAAUAGAGGAAAAGACGAGGGAGAAGAGGUAGAGAGAGAGCCAAUAUUGAAGCAGCAAAACCAGAGGUUUUGCAUGUUUCCCAUUAAGUAUCGGCCCCUUUGGUAGAUGUACAAGAAGGCUGAAGCCAGUUUCUGGACCGUAUGCUCGUAGUGGCAACUUCAGGGAUUGGAUAUGUGCUGGGGAGUGGAAAUGCCAUUGAUUUUGCGGUUGGACUUGUGUUGGAACAAUGAUGGUUGCUAACUCCUUGAAUCAGGUAGGAUGUUUUACUCUUUACUGACUUGUUAUUUGCUAUCUUGGAACCUUUGGUUGUCAUGCUCCAGAGUAAGUUCUCAGCUGCUUUCUCAACUUCUUGCUUGACCUCUGCUUAAGUAUAAUCAUAUAAAUAUAAUGCCUGUUUUCCU